UGAAACCGACAACCAGUCAAUUGCCAGCAACAGAAAGAAGCAAACGUGAAACUCGAAAGCGGGAGACCGAGAAUUUUAAAAGAUUUGAACAAAAGAUAAAAACAAAAACAGCCUACAUAUUUCACAACAGAGUUGAGACUCGACUCAGUGGAGUGUGAAACAAAGGCAGCAAAAAGUGAUUAUAAUUAUUUGUGUACGUGUCAGAAAUUAAUACAGAAAGCAUUCCAUUUAAUCGAGAAUUUAAAGGAAAACAAACAGCAAAAGGGUAUUAAAAUUCAAGUCAUUGACAUUAAUUGAAUACGAAAAGCCAAAACACACAUAAAUAACAUAAACAAAGCACCAAUUGGUGAUGGAGAAAUCGGGAGAACCCGCCGGCAAUUAUCCGCGUAUGCCAGCCGAGAUGCAAGAAGCAACACACAGCGGCUACACCGAGCAGCUAGCCGCCGCGCCGCCAUCCUACGACCAAGCCAUUCAUAACACAUCACCAUAUCCACCAGUGCAGGUAUUACCCACUCCUAGCACUUCUUCAGAGACUAGAAGCCAAUCACCGGCACAACAGCAACAACAACAUCAACAGCAGAGCAGUGGUAAAACGGCGGCUGCCGGAUCAACUGGUGGCACAGGCGCAGGCACACAACACACCUAUGGCGGUAGCACACAUUAUGGCGCCACCAACAUGGGGGGUGCUGGUGGUGUACCGCCACCACAUCAUGCUUAUGUGCCACAUGCGUCAGCGGCAGGACAACCGCCUGUGGUGAUAAUACAACAACAAGCUAUUUUGCCCUUGGGACCAGAACCAACAUACAUUACAUGCCCAGGCUGUCACGUAACCAAACUAACACGCAUCGGAUUUGAACCAAAUGCCAGGACGCAUUUAAUGGCAGCAAUAUUGUGUAUAGUGGGCUUAUGGUGUUGCGUCUGUUUGCCCUACUGUGCGGAAAGUUGCAUGAGCACAAACCAUUACUGCGGCAAUUGCAAUAAAUAUCUGGGCACAUAUAAUGGCGGUGGAUUCUAAUGGAUUGGCAAAAGUGCUCACAAGCAAGCUAAGAAUUAUUGACCUUUAACACUGGACAACACACACUUUUUAACACAUUUUUAUUAUACUCGCAUAUGUACAUAUAUUUAUAAGUGUGUGAAAGUUGUUAUAUUAUUUUCUUUUAAAUUUUCUUUUU